AUGUCCCUCAUACCGUCGAUCUACAAGAAUUUGUCGCUAGCGAGACCCCGAACGCAGAAUCGUAGGUCUCAACAUUCGUUUUCUUCCCGGCCCUCUGUGUCUUUCAUCAUCACCAGGUCCGAUCUACUAGCUCCAAGCAAGGAGAUGGUGGACAGUAUGAUGCCCAAGUUUAUCGCCAUACUGAGGACUGCCAUGGGUCGCAUGGGACAAAAGCUCAGACUGGGCAAUGUCCAUCUAGUAUCGUCUAAGCGAGGAUGGUGGACGAAGGACAUCAAAGAAAGCAUUUGGCACAGAGGUGGCGGUAAUUGGCUCGUGGGGAAGUUCAAUGUCGGGAAAUCCAAUCUCUUUGAGGUCCUUUUCCCCAAGGGCUCACGCGACAGAGCGCCUGUGUAUGCAGAGAUUCAACGACAGCAGGAGAUCGAAUCCGCACAUAGAUCUACCGAUCCCACCUUCUUCUCUGAAAAGAAGUUGUUGCCCCCUCCUCAGCCGGAAGUUCCUUUCCCGCCCAUGCCUUUGGUAUCUAGCCUAGCAGGCACGACAGCAUCUCCAAUCCGACUUCCCUUUGGCAACCAUAAGGGAGAGCUUAUUGAUAUGCCGGGUCUGGAGCGCGGGGGUCUUGAACAAUAUGUCAAGUCCGAGGACAAAGCUGACCUGGUGAUGACACACCGCCCGAUUGUCACCCAGCACAUUAUUAAGCCUGGUCAAUCUCUGCUCCUAGGAGGAGGACUAGUCCGCAUUACGCCACUCCUUGAUGAAAACGACCGGAGUAUUACCAUGCUGGCGUAUCCCUUUGUUCCGCUCAAAAGCCACGUUACGUCUACGGAGAAGGCGUCGGGCACGCAAAUACAAGAGCGCGAAAGCGGGGUGGAAUCAAUCCUUGCGGAUGGGGCAGGGACUCACAUGUCUUCUGCCGGUCGAUUCAAGUUGCGGACUGAUGUCACAAAAUCUAGAGCCGGCUCCAUGAUUAGAGCUGGGGUCAGCGCUGAGAAGUUGCCAUUCCACGUCUACGCGACCGAUAUCCUCAUUGAAGGAAUCGGCUGGGUGGAGCUGGUUUGUCAGGUCAGGAAAAGCAAACGCGUACAUCAGUCUGAGCCUCCUGCAGAAGAUUUUACUGCAUCAAGCGGUACAGAAUCGGGCGUACCCACGGCUCAAGGCCUUUCGAUUGGCACAACCACCUUUGCUCCUUUCGGGACAAUCCAAACAAAAGACGACUCGACACAGUCUUCGAGUUUCCCUGAAGUCGAGAUCUUCACGCCAGAUGGCAAAUACAUCGGCCAAAGAACCUGUCUAGAUGUGUGGCAAACGUGGAAUACAGGAAAACCCAGGACAAAGAGAGCUGCACGUCCUCGGAAGCCGAUGAGCGGCGCAAAGAAACGAGAGAAGAUGCGCCGCAGGGCUGCCCUCGUGACUGGAACCUAA